UUCAUUUUCUCUUUUCCUUUACACGCAGGUCAACUCAACAUCAUUUCAAUGGCUGAAACAACAAUGAUGCCUGAGGAAAUUGAGCUAGAGAUGGCAAAGAUCCAGAGACUUCGGGAAGUCUUAGUCAGAAGAGAAUCAGAACUCAGGUUUAUGAUGGAUGACAUACAGCUGUGCAAAGACAUUAUGAACCUUAAGAGCGAGCUGCAGAGUUUGGUAGCAAUCCCAGAGAAAGAAAAAACGAAGAUUGAAAAGCAAAGAGAGGAUGAACUUAUUCAGAAAAUCCAUAAACUGGUACAAAAAAGGGAUUUUCUUGUAGAUGAUGCAGAGGUGGAGAGAUUACGAGAGAAAGAAGAGGACAAGGAGAUGGCUGAAUUCCUUCGGACCAAGUUAAAACCCUUAGACAAAAUAACCCCCCCCCCCCCCCCCACCCCCCCAAAAAACCCUACAGGAACAAUAGGAAAACCACCUCUGAAAACAGCUGGAUAA